CGGCACUCGUUUCAUGUUUCCCCCCGAGGCACACGCACCCCGUCAGUCGGUGCGCACACACACACACCGUCGUCGCAGCACGCCGUCCGCAGCAGUAUCCCGCGUUUGUUGUUAUUAUUAUUAUUAUCAUCAUCAUCAUCAUCACGUUACGGCAGUAUCGGAUAGUUGAAAAAAAAAAAUUAUAUUCGAGUUGAGGCUAGACCAUAAAAAUUAAAUAAUCAGUUCCGAGUUAACUUAGUUUUUUUUUUUUGUUUGUUUAAAAAAAUUAAUUCGAUUUCGUGGGUCUGAAUUUCACCACCAAUGUUCACCGCGAAACGUGUUCACCGGUCGACCGGCGGCGGGCCGUCCGCGCCGGCCGAGCUAUGAUAGCAACGGCGUCCGCGACCGUCACUAUCAUCUUGGCGACGAAAACAAAAACACAAACACCGGCAAUAGAGCAGCCGCGCGGCGGAAGAGACUGCGGUCAGCUGAUUCUCAUGCUCUCUCACGCCGACACCGAAAACCCUAAAAAAUACAAGCGCUGGUAAUCAUGGAAAUGCAGAUUAGUAACGCUACCGAGUUCCCGUUGUACCAUUCGAUGGCGAGCGGGCCCCACUCAUUUCAGCUGCCGGGCGCCAUACCUCCGGUCAGCAGCAUCCCCUACAAGAACAGCAUGUUCCCGGACAGGCUGGGCUUUUAUUACGAUUCGGCGGGUGUCACGCAUCCGGCACAAGUCGAACGGUGCGAACGGUGCUACGUCGAACUGCCCGGCGGCGGCGUCCACCAUUUCGGCAAGAGAGUUUGCGGAAUGUGCGCGGCCAAGGAGCAGCAAGUGUCGCCCAAAGUGGAAACCGAAAUACUGGACUUGGACUCGCAGCAGGUCAUGUCGCAGCAGCAGCAACAACAACAACAACAACAGCAGCAGCAGCAACAACAAGACAGUAAAGCGUUUUUGCAACAGACUGGCGUGCCGCCCGGGUACGACAGGCCGCCUCCGCCCGCGGUGGAGUGGCCCGGUUACUUCCAGGCGCAGCAAAACACCCUAUCCGGUGAACACUUAUCUCCAGACUACAACAACGUGACCACGACGACGACGACGCCGCCGACCAUGAUGGGCGGUUCACCGCCGUCCGACAUGCAGCAGCAGUACCAGGGCGGUUUCGACGGUGGUAGCUACCAGGUGGACACCAAUCACCAGACGGGUGGCGGCAACGCGUCCGGCAAAGGCAAUGGUUCGUGGAAGUCGAACGAGGCCCGCCGUGCCAAAACGUACGAGUGCCCGGCGUGCGACAAAUGGUUCACCAGCUCAGGCCAUUUGAAGAGACAUUACGGCACGCAACUGCACAAGAACGCGGUCAAACAGAGCGGCAAGCCGGACCCGGCGCUUUUGCCCAUGAAACACCACUACCACCCGUACAGGGACCCGGCUUAUGUAGCCCAACAGAAGCUCAAGCAGCAGCAGCAGAACGGCGGUACGCACAAACAACAGUCCAUGAUGAUGCCGCCCGAUUUCCGCCCAGUCACGUCCUCGUCAUCAUUCAGUACCGAUUCUUUUUUAGAGCUGACUCCCCCAAACCUGACAGCAAGCCUCUCGGACAGUUUGGGGGGAACCCAAUUCCUACCGGCCCAACAGCCGCCAAUCAGCAGCAGCAGCAGCAACAACAGCAACAGCAAUACGGCAGAUUUCACGGACGUGACCCAAAUUUCUUCGUCGUACCCCAACAACAACAUCAACAACAGCUACCCGGACCACCCAACGGCGCAUAUGCACCACCACCUCCACCACCAGCGACAGGGCAUGUUUUACCACGUGCGGCCGUCGACGGCGGAUCAGCAAGUGCAUUCGGCAUUCCAGCACCCCCAGAUCACGGAUACCACCCAGCAGCCAUACACCAUCCAGGUUUCUAUGAUCCCGCAAAUUACCAACACGGUUUUGUACACCACUAUGCCCGACAAUAACGGCGAUCAGUACGACCAACAACAGCACGAGCAGCAAUACCAACAACAUCAAAUGCAACUGCAGUACGCCGCGCAACAGCAGCAGCAGCAAAUGUCGGCGCACCACCAGCACGGUCACGGCCAAAUGAUCAAAAUGGAACCCGUCGACUCCUCGCACGGCGACUACAACAGCGUGGACACGCCGCUAGCGAGCCCGGACUCGAGCAGUGUCGACCAGUACAAAGGCCUGUUGGUGGUGGCCCCCUUGUCGCCGGCCGACGAAGAGAACACGUUGGGCAGCGAAGGGUCCGUCGACAUGGAAUCCACCAUAUCGUGCUCGUCUACGGCCGACAGCGGCACCGCGCUCAACGGCGGCCGAGGAGAAGCCUCGCAGUCGUCGUCCGUCAAAAAGUUCCGCAAGGCUACCAAGGUGACGUGCGAGCUGUGCAACAAAGAUUUUACAGACAAAUGUUACAAGACGCAGCACGACCAACGGUUCCACAGCGGAGAGAAGCCGUUCCGGUGUGGCGUGUGCGGCAAACGGUUUGGCGAACAGAAGCAGCUGCAGGUGCACGAGCUGCGGCACAACGACAGCAACAAGGCUUUCCCGUGUACCAUGUGCACGAAGAGCUUCAAUUUCAAAAACGACCUGGAGCGGCACUUCAUGUCUAGUCAUUCGGCCGACAAACCGUACCAGUGCGUGCAGUGUAAGAAGAAGUUCGUGCGCAUGGACCACAAGCGGCACCACGAGAAGACCCACGACGGUGCCGACGAAAAGAUCAAGAAGAAGAAAAAGACUACUACUACCGCCAACGUCACCAUGGGCAUUUUGGACGUGCACCAAGACCACUUAAAAAUGACCGCCGGCGUCCACGCGUAUGCCAUGGCCGUUAAUCAGUCUUAAUGUUUAAUACUCGUGUAUUUUUUACACCAUAAUCAAACAAUAACGAUCGCCAUCAUUUUACUUUUUUCAAUAUUUUUUCUACCUUUUUUUGAUGACAAAUUAUUUUUUAAGAAAUUAACUAGUUUUUAAAAUCAUACACGAGUAUUGAACUUUUUGUAUAAACGAUUUGGCGGUUAAAAAAUUAACUAUUUUUAAUUUUAUGUUGUACAUAACAAUAAUCCUAUAACUCCAAGGGCAUUACAAUAUUGUUAAGCGUUUCGAUUUAUUUGUUUUUUUUUUUAAAUCUAUAAUAUAUACUUUUGCCAAUUUCGUUCUGAUACCACUCACCUACCCUUGAUUUUGAUUUUGUAUUCCUAUAUUGUUGCGUCGUUUGUUGAUGGCUCAAUCUACCCUAUACCGCGUACAUAUACACACAUACAGUAAUCGGUGUAAUUAUUUUUGUUGAUUUUUUUUUUAUUAAUGUUUUUUUUUUGUUUUGGGUACCAAUACAUUUGCAUUAGUUAAAAACAUAUCCCUGUGUUACAUAUCACACAACGACGCUAUAGAAUUACGAUUACCUUUGUAUUAAUGUAAAUUGAUUACACUUGUUUGUUUCGUACCUGCCUACUAAUUUUAAUAUUAUUAUUGUAUUAUUACUAUUCUUACCUUAUAUGAUUUUUGUGAAACCGACUAUGAUAUUUUUUGAGGAAAAAAAUAGCAAUUUUUUUUUUUAUUUUGUUUACUAUAAUAAAUUAGAGUCGACGGGUUAACUAAUAUGUUUUUAUUAUUAUUAUUAUUUUUAUCGCCCUCGUCCUUUUGGUGCGAAUUUUUAAGUUUUUUUAAUGUAUACAUGUUAUACAUACACAGUUAUGUUAUUCCUGACUAUUGAUUUUUUUUUUUAUUCAAUAUCUUAAUAUUAUUAUGUGUUAUCUUAUUAUUAUUAUUAUUAUUGACAAGUGUUUUUUUUUUUUUUUAUUUGAUUUAUUAUGAAACAAAUAUCGAUAGUACAAAAUUGUACCUCGUAGGUAUCGCGGAAGACUACCGAACUACUACUUGGUAUUAAAGACAAAAAUAAAACAAAUUUAUUUAAGUAAACAAAAAAAAUAAUAAUAAACAAUAACGAUUAAAAUUAUAUAUAUAAUACACAUAUUGAUGAUGUAUUGAUUUGAUUAGCGAAAUUAUUAUUAUAUUAUAUUAUAUUAUAUUAUUAUAAAUCAUGUUUUAACGAGCAAU